GGCGGGAGGGGGGCGGAGGGGGCUCUUGCCGCCACUGCUCUCUCGCCGCCUCUCCCCCCCGGCGGGAGCCGCUCUCAGCCUCUUUGCACUAGUCGCUCCGCUCUCUCGGUCAUGUGACCUUAACGUAACCGGACAGGAAAAGCCCCGCCGCCGCCGCCGCGCCGGAGACACCGACCGCGGCAGCAGCGGCAGCAGCAGCAGCACUAGCGAGAGGGACAGGCGGCGGCGGCGGGCAGAGCGCGGCCAAGGCUGCCCAGCGGUGCCUCUUCCACACCCCCCGCCGCAGCAGCACCGGCGACAGUUUUAACUUCUCUGGACUAUCAUGUAGUGAUUUAAGGAUGUGACUUCGGGAGUUGGUCGGCGUCUCUGAAGAAAUGAAUCACAGUCAAGACUUUGGACUGUGACGCCAGACCGUUAUAACCGACAUGUACUCUACAUCUCUCCUCGGGUGUCUGUCUCUAAAGCAUCUCAGCCCCAGCAAGCCUGACCUAACUUCAUGAUCUUCCCCACAAAACUGCGAUUUGCCUGUGUUCCCUCUCCUGGCGGAGAGCUCCACAGUCCACCCAGUUAUGCAGAUUUUUUAAAAAAUGGAUUUGGCCAACCAUGGACUUAUUCUCCUGCAGCAGUUAAACGCUCAGCGCGAGUUUGGUUUCCUGUGUGACUGCACGGUUGCCAUCGGCGAUGUGUACUUCAAGGCACACAAAUCAGUUCUUGCGUCAUUCUCCAAUUACUUUAAGAUGUUGUUUGUCCAUCAGACCAGUGAAUGUGUGCGUUUGAAGCCAACUGACAUACAGCCUGACAUUUUCAGCUAUCUCUUACACUUGAUGUACACUGGGAAGAUGGCCCCUCAGCUGAUUGAUCCUGUCCGCCUGGAACAGGGGAUCAAGUUUCUCCACGCUUACCCUCUGAUCCAGGAGGCUAGCCUGGCUAGCCAAGGAGCCUUCUCCCACCCUGACCAAGUUUUCCCGCUGGCUUCUUCCUUGUACGGCAUCCAGAUUGCAGAUCAUCAGUUGAGACAAGCCACCAAGAUCGCCUCGGCCCCUGAGAAACUCGGGCGAGAGCCCCGGCCCCAGACCUCCAGGAUGAGCCAGGAGCAGGCGCCCGAGGCCGCACAGCUGUCUCAGCUGGCUUCCAACCUGACCCAGGUGAAUCGGACACAUAUGACCCCCUCGGACCCCCUGCAGACCUCCCUGUCUCCAGAACUCGUUUCCACCCCUGUUCCUGCCCCUGCUGCCGGGGAGGAGGCCAACCUGGAAGCCUCUUCCUCCGACGAGCAGCCCGCGACCCUCACCAUAGCCCACGUCAAGCCCAGCAUCAUGAAGAGGAAUGGCAGCUUCCCAAAGUACUACGCCUGCCACCUGUGCGGGCGGCGCUUCACCCUCCGGAGCAGCCUGCGGGAACACCUGCAGAUUCACACCGGCGUGCCCUUCACAGCCAGCCAGCCCGGAGAAGGCCGCGUGCCCCUGUCCCUUUGCAGCAACGCGGCGGACCUCGGGAAGGACGCCAUGGAAGUGCCCGAGGCUGGCAUGAUCAGCGACAGCGAGCUGCAGCACAUCUCGGACUCCCCCAUCAUCGACGGACAGCAGCACUCGGAGACGCCGCCGCCCUCGGACAUCGCGGACAUCGACAACUUGGAGCAGGCGGACCAGGAGAGGGAGGUCAAGAGGCGCAAGUACGAGUGCACGAUAUGCGGGCGCAAGUUCAUCCAGAAGAGCCACUGGCGGGAGCACAUGUACAUACACACUGGGAAGCCUUUCAAAUGCAGCACCUGCGACAAGAGCUUUUGCAGGGCCAACCAGGCCGCGCGGCACGUGUGCCUCAACCAGAGCAUCGACACGUACACCAUGGUGGACAAGCAGACCCUGGAGCUCUGCACGUUCGAGGAAGGGAGUCAGAUGGACAACAUGUUGGUGCAGACUAACAAACCCUACAAAUGCAACCUGUGUGACAAAACGUUCUCGACUCCCAACGAGGUGGUCAAACACUCGUGCCAGAACCAGAACUCGGACGUCUUUGCCCUGGACGAGGGACGCUCCAUCCUCCUGGGCGGCGGGGACUCCGAAGUAACGGAGCCCGACCACCCCGUGCUAGCGUCCAUUAAAAAGGAGCAGGAAACAGUGUUGUUGGACUGAGCGUCGCUUACCUUUUUAAACCUGUCGUUUUUACGGAGACUCUCUUCCUUCCCUUUCCCUAUGCAGAACUGUAGUUCUAUGGCAUGAUACAGACGGGUCCCUGGCCCCUCCCCCUGCCCGCCCCCCUCCCGCCAUCCCUUCCCCCCUCAAGGCUGUGUGCAUUAUAAACCUGGAACAUUUCCUUUGAUUCAGGGGAUAUCAAAAAGAAAACAGUCAGUAGUCCUUUCCAACUCAAAUGGAUUUUGAGUUUUAGAUUAUUUAAAAACAUACUUGGAACUAAUGAAGGGUAUAUAACACAAAACAACCGGAAUGCGAUUUGGUAAGCUAAAAUUAUGGCCUUCCCUGGGUAGUGUCUUCCUUCUCAGAGGAGCAGUGUCAGCAAGCACAGCGUGCUCCUUCGAGACACAGCUGGGCCCUGUACUAUGCAAAAUCUCGGUGUGGCAAACCCUAAACCCCAGAGGGCACUCUCAGCAUCCAUCCUCCAGGUGUCUUACGUCAGAAUGCAUCCUUUGAGAUUAUGUCCAGUCAAGGAAAAUCAUUAGUUAGGAAACUUACUUGAACAAAACACGGAGAAAAAGUAAUAAUGUGAUGGCAAUCUUAAUUUUUGGGUAAAACAUGACAAGCUGUGAGUUUGUGUGUUUGUAAGAGAAAAAUGUGUGGAUACUUCCUGUAAACAGGUGAAUUAAUGCACAUGCCUUAUCUAAUUGCUGGCUUCUUUCAAAGGUGAACCACAAGAUACUGUAUUUUCAUUUUCGACAAAUGUGUUGGUUUUAAAAAUCAGAUUUGAAAGUGCUGUGUUCAAUAGACGGUUUUUCUGAAUAGAAUUGACAUGCCAUUCUCGCAGCUGCCAGCGGUAAAUUUGUUUUAGCCCCAACCUGCUGCUUUUAAAUCAGUGUGUCUGCCACAGGAAGAAGGAUCCAGAUCGUAGAGGGGAAGUUGUGAGCGGGACCUGUGGUAGCUUUAAUGGUUUUAAAAAUUAACGCUCAUAGUUUACUGGCAACAUCCACUGAAACAUCAAAAAAUGGCAAAGAGAAAUCAGGACCAAAAAACAAUUGCAUUUGGGGGGGAAAAAAAAAACGGGGCUGUGAUAUUUAGUCCAAUUUUUUUUUGGUAAUACCUGCAAUUUCCUCUAUUGGCCUGAAGCAGUACAAUUGUCCCUGUAGACUUCCCUUAGGCCAGUGACCGAACGGUCUCCCGGGACAAAACAGAAGCCAGAAACUCGGACCGAAGGGGAGAGGGAAGAACGGUUACUAGCUGUGCUGUACGUGUAUGUUAAACUGACUGUCCCAUCACCCCAUCUCAUGUAUAGUUGAGUUCUCAGAUUUGUAAGUUUUUAUACAUGCCUUCAUUGAAUAAACAUUUAAUUAAAUGGG